AGGCUCACUCAGUUAGCCGCGACUCGCCACGCCGGUCGCCGGGCUCUCGCUCGAACUCUGUGUGAACGUGACCUGUGACCAAACAGUGCUUGUGUGUGUUCAAAUACGGAAAACUAACACAUGUCAGACUUUGGAUGGUGAUUUGUUAAUAAUCGGUACAGAACCAGUAGUGAUUGAUAUGUGCUAGUGCUGUGACGUGUUGAAGUUUUAGUUUAUGAUGUGAACAGUUAUCAGUGAGUGACUAUGCCGUCAGACAGUGGCUCCACCUGGUCGCCGCCGGCCUCCAACAGCGAGAGGAGAUUGAGUAACUCUUCAGAUGGCAGCGCCGGCAGUGGAUAUUCUAAGGCUACAACAGACAGCGCUGACUUCCUCGCAACACGGCCGCACACAGCCGCGGUGCUGCCGGGGAAGCCGGCCACGAACCCGUUGCAGUUCGUGCGGGUGGCGCCCGCCGAGCUGGGCAGCCGCGCCCGCGAGCAGCUGCGGCGGGCCGAGCUCGCCAAGCGCACAGAGCCCGCGCGGGUGGAGCGCCAGGAGGAGUGGCAGUCAAAUCUGGACAACUGGAAAUCUUCGCGGCGGAAGCGAGUGGAACAUAUCAUAGAGCGGUGCGUGGAAGUGAGACGGAUGGAGAACGAGCCUAGCCAGCCGCGGGCCAAGUCCAAAACAUUCAACGAAAUGCUUGAAGAACGAGCGGGAAGACGACGGGUGCCCCUCCCGCUGUACGCAGAGGACGAUGGGCACGAUCUCAGCGACCUCGGCAUCGGCACCUCCAGCACCAAGAGCAGCCUUAGCGAGGACUGCGACACACACAGCUUGGCUAGCGAUGGAAUGGACUUGGACAAGAACCAUUCAGACGUCGACAACUUGUCGAACUGCGAUAACCGCAAGCUUGGCUCCAGCGCCAACGAAUACGACACCUGCACGACCAUGACUAUCAGCUCCCCUGAACCGGAAGAGUACACUUAUGAAGGAGCUAUCGAAGGCUACAAGUCACGAAUAAUCUCCCAAACCAACAGCACUAUCGUGAAAACUGUCGUUAACAAUUCCAAAGAAAAGUCCCCAGAUAAAAUCAAUGGUGACCUAAACAGAAUCAGGACGACAGUCAGCAAUAAAAUAGAGGAAAAAGUUUCCUCGUUCCAAAGAGAGAGAGCUGACGAACGAAAUAAUAAUCAGAAGAAAGACCUACCUAAGGUAGAUAUACAUAAACGAAGAGAACAGUUCGAAAGAGAAAAUUCACAAGAGUCACAAAACAAACCAAAAUUACCUGAUAUUGUAAAUAAAAAGUCAAUUAAGGAAAGACUUUCUAGUUUAGAGAGGUUUACGGAAGAAACAAAUAUUCAAAAAUCGUCGAGUGACCUGAACAAGUUACCUACAGAAGUUAAACCACUGAAAGAGCGGCUUUCCAACCUCGAAAAGGUGAAAUCUGCAUCAACAGAACCUGAUAAGGCUAAAAGACUUUCAAAUGGGGACCUCGGUAAUGCAAAGUCUUUGAAAGAGCGUCUUUCGAGUCUCAAAUCACAAACAUCAGAAGAGGAAAAGAUUACCAAAACGGAGGUUAAAGAAGUAUCUAUGAGUCUAAAAGAGCGCCUUUCAUGCUUAGACGCAGCGAAAAACAAGGAAAUACCUAAGAUUUCGGUAGAAGAACAGACGCUGGUUACGGAAAAAUCUGCAGCCAAAGAAGAAGAGUUAAAUGGUAACCUCAUACAAAACUCACUAAAAGCCAGUUUGACUGGCAUAGAAAAUCAAAUGCAGAGUUUCUGUCGUUCUCUUGAUAGUUUAGACAUUAAUGGUCAAACAUCACCCAGCUCUUUCGAAAGAGUUCAGAGUUUUGAAGAUUUUGAUUGCGCUGAUAUGCAGAACAACACUGCCCACAGCGAUAUUGAAACAGAAGAUAGUGGCAUUCAUACCGCAAAAGACUCUGCUCCGGCAGAUGAUAUUGCAGACUUAACACAAGUAGCUUCUCCAAUAGGAGAGCCGAUGGUCGAAAUAUCCGAAUAUGAGUCCUCCAAUGAAGAUGGCACGAUAGCAUUGGAACCAAUGAAAAUUGAAGAACCUACGGAAAUAAUGUCUGAACCUGUUCAAUCGAUACCAGAAGACAUUGUUAUUGAAGAAAUUGCACAAGAGGAAGCUCAGGAUAUCAGCAAAGCAGAUUCUGAUAGCGCAAGUAACUAUCUUCAAGCGUUAUCACAACCAGAAGAACUUAGCGUUACAGAAGAAGUGACGGAAAUUCAGAUGGAUAAGGAAGAUGAAGAUACGCUUAAGAGUUUGGAUAAUCAGGAUACUAGUGUAAGUUUGAAUGAGCCGGUGUCCACGGGCUCGGAGGGUGAGACGGUGGUGUUCCAGGGCAAGAUGACUAUUCACCUUAACUUAAACGAAAUAUGUAACAAGAAUACUGGUGCUGGGAAUACUAACCUUAAGGAAACUAGCACUAUUAAUGAACUUACUAACCGCAAGAGCAUGCCAAUGGUAAUCGAUGCAUUAGAACUGGCCUUCCAAGAGCUGGACUCUGAAGACAGUUGCGUCAAUAACAGCACCAUGGAAGACUCAGUAAAAGAACCAAAACACACAGAAGCUAAGACAAACGAUGUCCUAGACUUUACAGAGAAGUCAGUCACGCCGUUAUAUGAGAACAUGGAUAUAUUCUUCCAAAAUUCUGUACAUGAUGGAGCAGCUUUCCCGCUAGAUUUGCCUACCAAUGUUAUGGAGCCGCCUAAGGAGAAGCCACCUCCACCGCCUACAGAAGAUGACGAACUUCUUGGCAAUGGUAACUUCAAACACACAAGUUCUGCGCGUAGAAUAAAGAAGGAAAUCCGCAACAAACGUACCAGCUUCCUCGGCAUCGAAGGGCAAGUGGACGACUACCUGGACGCCGACCUCUCCGCGCCCCGGCCCGACAUCACCUCCUUCCUCCAGGAGGAGACAAAGAUCGAGAAACUUCUCUACAAGAGGACGCUGUCUCAUGAUAAUGCUAAGUUGAGAGACAGCAGAGACUCUGGAGUGGACGUGGACCGAGGACCGUCGGCGGAAGCGUGGUACAAACAGUCGUCGCCGGAAACAUCGAAUCCGCACAGCAGACAGAACAGUGAGCCAUACACUAACGUAACGGUAACAUCAGAUGAAGAGGAAGCCUCAAAGAAAUCAGAAAAUUUCGCUUCAAACUUGACCUCCAAACUGACGGACCUGGCACAGCCUGACAUCGACAGCCUGGACAAGAAGCUACAGGAACAACAGGGACGCACUAACGAGGAUUGGCCUGACGGGCACGACGAUGCUCACACAAAGGAGGUUCUGCGUUUUGAACGAGAACUUUUGCAAUUGGAACAAGAAGAGUUAAGGAGACAGCGGGACAAUUUGAUGAGGGAUCAGACAAGGAUCAUCCAGAAGUCAGUUCAGGAUGUGUCCGAGAAACCACCUCUAAGGAAGGCUGCUAGUGAAAAUCAUCGACACUCCAUGCCCAACUUACUGGUUAACGAAUCUUAUACUCCUGUGGAGCCACAGCCAGAGGUGAAAUACGAUGAUAGUAUAAAACGGAAGCCCUUUGUGUCCGAGGAGCAUAUACAGAGGCAUUUUGGUGUAGAAGAGAGUCGGAAGGUGUUGUAUGAAGACACCAGGGAAGAUGUAAGGAGACGGCCGCCGCAGCCUGUUCUACCGCCGAAGCCACGGAGUCGAGAGUCCAUCGAACGGGAGAUUACUAUGAGGAGUAGCAGAGUGCCUUCAGCGGUGGAAUACGCCAACGUGGAGCGCACGGCGCAUGUGCAGCUGCGAUCCAAGCCUGCGCCGGCGCCCGCUCCGGUGAUGCCUAAUGGCAACUACCAUCCUAUGACUCGACAUACCUUACAGGCACUGAGCGCAGCGCCAACUCCUAAACUGAUCUCCGGGAAUGAAUGGCUGGCGCAGCGUGCGCGUAAACCAGCGGGGUAUAACUACAACCAGCACUGGCUCAUACAGGAGGCAGAACAGAGGCGUAUCGACGAGCAGCGCAGCAAGCUACGCGCCGCGCAGAGGCACUCCUACCAUCAAGACAUGCCCGCUUCGGCGCUGCUUAACAUGCAUCACAUCAGUACAAGCCAACAACACUUGCCACAAGAAUACAAGCGGCUAAUACGCGCCGACACGGAGCGGCCCGCCGUGCCGCCGCCCGUCCGGCCCGAGCCGCCGCUCCGCACCGGCUCCUCGCCGCGGGAACUGCGACCGGACAUCCGAGACCAGGCUCGCACGCACACCUCGCCCAACGCCAAGACCUCGCCUAGGAUAGAAAGCUUGGAGAAGAGGGAAGCGAAGAGCGAGCCCAGAGAAGAUAAGCUGCUCAGCGUUAGCGGGAGAAGAAAGUGCUCGCAUUGUGGAGAGGAAUUAGGUCGCGGGGCCGCCAUGAUAAUCGAAUCGCUGUCGCUGUGCUACCACGUGUGGUGCUUCACGUGCGCCGUGUGCGGCGCCGCGCUCGGCGACGGCCGCGCGGGCGCCGACGUGCGCGUGCGCGCGCGCCGCCUGCACUGCCACCACUGCUACAGCGGCGACGAUGGACGCAAGUACAGCGCCGUUUAGUGCACACUAUUACGGAAUGCUACGAAUACGUGCUUGCUACAGCAGAAACGGUUGCAUGUUCAGCGCCGUUUACACACAUCGCGCUGUCGAAUGCUACGUAACAGCUCAGUUACAGCAUAUCGGUUACAAGUACAGCGCCGUUUAGUGCACACUUGUUGCCUGCUACGUUUCUGCAACAGCGGCAACGAUGGACGCAAGUACAGCGCCGUUUAGUGCACACUAUUACGGAAUGCUACGAAUACGUGGUUGUUACAGCAGAAACGGUUGCAUGUUCAGCGCCGUUUACACACAUCGCGCUGUCGACUGCUAUGUAACAGCUCAGCUACAGCAGAUCGGUUACAAGUACAGCGCCGUCAGCGCCGUUUAGUGCACACUUGUUGCCUGCUACGUUUCUGCAACAGCGGCAACGACUGCAAGCAUCGCGGUCUAGUGGUUCCACUGCAACGGUUACUGGUGACUCCACACUGACGUCUCUCGAGCGUUGGCGCCAUAUCAACUCACUAUUGUGGGGGAUUUUACGUGUACGUGGAUAGGACUAUAUGAAUUCGACAUCAUUGUUUGAAUUUAGACCUUGACUGAACUUUCUCAAUUUAUUGGUUCAUUUACUACGCACUGUUCUUUGAAGUACCUACUUAAAGUAGAAAUCCGUUUGGCUCGAUCAUUCGGCUUAUAAGAGUAUAUUUAUUAAUCAAAUGGUCGAAUCACGUAUAGCUCUGUGUGUUUAAAUUCUAAGUACGGAUAAGAACACAUAGUAAAUUAUCCCUUCAAAAUGAAAAUGUACCUGAGCUUAUUGUAGUCAUAUUGAAAUCUUCGUUUGUUUUUAUUUCAAAUUGCAGUUUAGAGCUGUACUACUACAUAAUGUAUGAGACAGACGAAGAUGAAACAGAUUAUGGCGAUUUCGGUACGAUUUAGGUUCAAGGGCUACAAAUAUAGCCAUAUAAAGCUUUUUGUGUAGCAGUAUCAUUCAAGUUUGCAACUCUACUGUAUAGAAAUAUACCUUUGUUAGUAGAGAGACGAACUUGAUUAGGAUAACUAUUUUUAUAUGGAAAUGAAGUGGCAGGAGCAUAUGGCACAGUGACGACGGCUUGAGGCCCGUCGCUGUUUGUCGACUUUUCUGUUCGUAUUCACCUCCAAAACGUCUCGGCGACUCAGCUAGCUUCUGAGUCCGCUAUGCACGCUUUUGUAUUUUAUCCACAUUAUAGUACACCUUGCACAUGGGUUUGGUUUGUUAUGAUCUUGUAAUAAAUCUUAAUGCAAUUAUAAUAACGAGAAAUGUAGAUUGUGAUUGUUGAAUGUAUGAGUUUAGUCUUCAUAUAUGAUGCCAAUAUCAGUAAUUCAUUGUUAUCUAAAAAGUAUUGUAGAAUAAAAUUAUGGUUUUAGAUGUUGAAGUUUGAAGGUGUUUUCGUCAUGGGAUCAUGUCAUGUUAGACAAAAUGUACCUACGAGCGAACAGCCGGCCGUACACCAAAAAGUGAUUCGCGUUAUUGCAAUAAAUAAAGCACUCGUUAGAAAGAGGCUAACAGCCACAACAAUAAGCGAUGAUCUUGGCAGCUUUGUAAUUUUGCACUUUUUUUACGUUUCUGACUUUUUGUGCCAUGUCAAGUUUUUUUUUUGUUUGAUUAUAUCAAGGACCUAACACGCUACUUAUAUGUUAAUAAACACAGGUCAUGAGUAUAGGUUUGCACAUAAUAUACUUAUCGAGUUAUUUCAUUUUAAAUGGCACAUGUCUUGCGAAUGAGGCCUGAAUGUAGAUACGCCUUUUUACGCAAUGCAUUACUGUUAAAAAGAACAACAAAGUAAAUUGUAAUAUUUUGUAAAUAGAUUUAAUUUAUGUCUUAGAAUAUGUUACAGGUUAGCUUUAAUAGGUAGUAUUUUAGUGUAAAAGAGACAUUUAAUCCAAAUAUGUGUAUGAUUUAAUAUUUUGUAUAGAAAAAUCUAUAAUGAUUAUUUGUACUUCUCCACACCUUAACAUCUAAUUGUGAUUUUGUUUUAAACUGUACCUACUCUUUGAAUACUGUCCAGGUUAUUAGAAUUUUCAACUCUAAUGCGUAUAUUUUUAAUAAGUACAUGAUGGUGAGAAGCUCCAAACUGUGUAACAAUAAAUAUUUCUGGUUUAA